GAAAAUGGCCAAGUUAUACUCUUUUCACUCUUGCCUCUGUAUUCUCUCUACUUCACUCUAUUAUUAUUUCUUCACUUGCUUAGCUAUAAGUAGUAAAAAAAACAUCACCACAGAUGAAUUUUCACUUCUUGCAUUCAAAUCCUCAAUUACCUUAGAUCCUUAUCAUAUGCUUAGAAAUUGGUCAAUUUCCUCUUCUACUUCUUCUUUCUCUUCAUGCAAUUGGGUUGGUGUUACUUGUGAUGAACAUCAUGGAAGAGUAAAUGCAUUGAAUCUUAGUAACAUGGACCUUGAAGGUACAAUUUCCCCUCAAUUGGGAAAUCUCUCUUUCCUUGUAUUUCUUGAUCUACAAGGAAAUAGUUUCCAUGGUGAGUUACCACAUGAGUUACUUCAGUUGAAGAGAUUGAAAUUGUUGAAUUUGAGCAACAAUGAUUUUGUUGGAGAAAUUCCUUCAAGGAUAGGGGACUUAUCAAAACUUCAACAAUUGGAUAUUCGGCAAAACAAUAUUGUUGGAGUUAUUCCUCAAUCUAUAUCCAACUUGUCAAUGUUAGAAUAUCUAAAUUUGAAAUCAAAUCACAUCAAAGGAACCAUUCCACAUGCCAUUAGUCAACUUGGUAUGUUGAGGAUUUUGGAUAUUAGAAAUAACAAGCUCUCUGGAAUCCUACCAACAACAAUAUCCAACAUGUCUUCACUUGAAGAAAUUCAUUUAGCAAACAACUCUUUAUCUGGUGAAAUUCCUAAAGGAAUUGGUGAUCUUACACAACUGAGAACGGUAAACCUUCAACGCAAUUUUCUCUCAGGCAACAUAUUAUCGACAUUAAUGUUCAACAGCUCAUCGUUGCAAAAUUUGGCACUUGGUUUUAAUAAUCUGACUGGCAUUCUUCCAUCAAAUGUUUGUCAAGGACUUCCAAACCUUAGAUUACUUUAUCUUUAUGUUAAUGAUCUUUCUGGUGAGAUGCCAAAUGUUUGGCAUUAUUGCAAAGAGUUGGAAGAAUUGAUACUAUCUUUCAAUAAUUUUGACAAAGGACAUAUGCCAGCUGACAUUGCAAACUUGCCAAAGCUUCAAUCUUUGUAUCUUAUUAGCAACAACUUGGAGGGUGAAAUUCCUGUAUCCCUCUUCAGCAUCUCUUCUUUGAGAGAGAUCAGCCUUGAUGGUAACAAUUUAAAUGGAACUCUUCCAGACGAGAUGUGUCAUCAACUUCCUCAACUUGAAAUAUUUACUCUACUCGGUAAUCAUUUAGAAGGAGCCAUUCCACGAUCGAUUGGCAACUGCACAUUGUUACAAACGUUAACUUUACAGGAUAACUUUUUUUCAGGUUCGAUACCAAUGGAGAUUGGCAGUCUCAAUCAACUUCAGCUUCUACAAAUGGGAAAUAACAGCUUGAGCGGACCUAUUCCUUUGAAAAUCUUCAACAUUUCAACAUUGGAAUAUUUGCAUCUUGAACAAAAUUCUUUCUCAGGCAUGCUUCCAUCAAAUCUGGGAUUUGGCCUUCCUAACCUACAGCAACUACACAUGUACGGAAACAAGUUUGUUGGAAAAAUUCCAAAUAGUAUAUCCAAUGCUUCAAAUCUCGUCAUAAUUGACUUGAGUUCAAAUCAAUUUAGUGGAAUCAUACCCAACUCAUUUGGAGAUUUAACAUUCCUCGAAUCACUCGUCCUAGGUGGCAAUAAUUUGACAACAGAUGAUUCUCUUGAAUUCAACUUCCUAACUUCACUGACUAGUUGCAGAUAUUUGAAACAUCUUGAAGUAUCCGAGAUGAUCAACUUACAAUUAAAACUUCCCAAGUCCAUUGGAAACUUAACUUUAGAACACUUUUGGGCAAAUUCUUGUGGAAUGAAUGGAAAUAUUCCACUAGAAAUCGGAAACAUGAGCAACCUGAUUCGAUUAUCUCUUAGUAGGAACAAUAUAAAUGGAUCGAUCCCAAAGACUGUUAAAGGGUUACAAAAACUUCAGUCUUUGGAUCUUGACUACAAUGACCUGCAAGGAUCCAUCAUUGAUGAGCUUUGUGACAUUACGAGUUUGAGUGAGUUGAAUUUAACAAGCAAUAAGCUUGUAGGAGUGUUACCGACAUGUUUGGGAAAUAUGACUUCUCUUAGAAAGUUUUACAUAGGAUCUAAUAGGUUAGCCUCUGAGAUACCUUCCUCAUUUUGGAAUCUCAAUGAUAUCUUAGAGGUAAACUUGUCCUCCAAUGCUUUAACUGGAAUUAUUCCACCUGAGAUUAAGAAUUUUAGAGCUCUUAUACUGUUAGAUUUGUCAAGAAAUCAAAUUUCAAGCAACAUUCCGGCAACCAUAAGUUUCUUGAGAACUUUAGAAACUCUGUCCUUGGCAGAUAACAAAUUGAAAGGGCUAAUUCCAGAAUCACUUGGUGAAAUGGUAGGCUUGAGUUUCUUGGACUUGUCUCAAAAUCUUCUUACUGGUGUGAUCCCAAAAUCCUUAGAGUCACUUUCUUAUCUUAAAUACAUUAACUUUUCAUACAAUAGAUUGCAAGGAGAGAUUCCUAAUGGAGGGCCAUUCAAAAAAUUCACAUUUGAAUCUUUCAUGAAUAAUGAAGCACUUUGUGGUAGUCCUCAGUUACAAGUACCUCCAUGUGAUAAACAAAUUAGGAAAAAAUCCAAAACAAAGAUGUUAUUAAUUGUAUGCAUAUCAUCCAUAAUUGUUGUGUUGGGCAUUUUGGCUAUUGCAUGCAUAGUACUUCAAAUGCACAAAAAGAAAGAAGUUGAAAAUCCACUUGAAAAAGAUUUAUCAACAAAUUUAGGGCUUUUAAAAAGGAUUUCCUAUUCUGAACUUGUGCAAGCAACUAAUGGAUUUAGUGAGACUAAUUUACUAGGAAAGGGUGGCUUUGGAUCUGUGUAUCAAGGAAUGCUUUCUAGUGGGAAGAUGGUAGCAAUUAAAGUACUUGACUUGAAAUUGGAAGCAACAACAAAAAGCUUUAAUGCAGAAUGCAAUGCUAUGCGCAAUCUUCGGCAUCGAAAUCUUGUUGAGAUCAUCACCAGUUGUUCAAAUGUUAAUUUCAGGUCUUUGGUAAUGGAGUUAAUGUCAAAUGGAAGCUUGGAAAAAUGGUUAUACACUGAUAACUAUUUUUUAGGUUUCUUGCAAAGAUUGACUAUAAUGAUAGAUGUGGCAUCUGCAUUGGAGUAUCUUCAUCAUGGUUCUUCAAUACCAGUGGUUCAUUGUGAUUUGAAGCCUAGCAAUGUGUUACUGGAUGAAAAUAUGGUUGCACAUGUUAGUGAUUUUGGGAUUUCAAAGCUCUUGGAUGAUGGACAAUCUAAAGCUCAUACUCAGACUUUAGCUACAAUUGGUUAUGUUGCACCAGAGUAUGGAUCUAAGGGAGUAAUUUCAGUUAAAGGAGAUGUGUAUAGCUUUGGAAUAAUGCUAAUGGAAAUCUUCACAGGAAAGAAGCCAACAGAUGAAAUGUUUGCAGAAGAAUUAACCUUGAAAACUUGGAUUAGUGAAUCAAUACACAAUUCAGUUAUGGAAGUUGUGGAUUCAAAAUUAGUCUCACAGCAUGGGAAAGAAAUUCAUGAACUUUUAGCUCAUGUAUCCUCUAUUUUUGUUUUAGCAUUGAGGUGUUGUGAAGAUUUACCUGAGGCAAGAGUUAAUAUGACAGAUGUAACUGCAUCAUUAGUAAAAAUCAAGACCUUAUUCACUCAAUGAGGGAAAAAAAAAUCUAGAAAUAAAAGUAUAUAGUGAUUUAUAAAUCUCACAUUACCUUAUACUUUGAAGACUCUCUUUGUUUCUGUAUAUUCCCAAUAAUUUUUGAAUCUAUAUGUAAUACAAAAUAUUUUUCAAUCCCAUAUUGUAUGGAA